AUGAGUGUCAUAACCACGAAUUCCGGUCCAAUUCGGGGCGUUUUGAAAACAACUGAUACUGAAAAGGAAUAUUUUGCAUUUUUCAACGUUCCUUUCAGCAAAAAAUUUAACAAAGAAUCAAUUUUCAAAGAUCCUGAACCAAUCGAACCAUGGACUGAAAUUCUCGAUGUCACUCAAGAAGGCGAAUCUCCUUUCAAUAUCGAUCCAUUUCGAGAAAAUCCCUGUGAAGGAAGUCUUGAAACUCUUGGAAUGAACAUUUUUGUACCAAAAGUCGACACAAAAAGUUUAUUUCCUGUUUUUGUUCAUAUCCAUGGAGGAGCUUUCAUCAACGGAAGUAACUCGACAUUUCUCUAUGGUCCUGAUUAUUUGAUAGAAAACGAAAUUAUCAUGAUUUCCAUCAAUUAUCGAGUGAAUAUCUUCGGUUUUUUAAGUUUUAAAGACCCAACUUUGGGCAUUCCGGGAAAUGCAGGUUUAAAAGAUCAAAAUCUCGCAUUGAAAUGGAUCAAAGAGAACAUUCAUCAUUUUGGAGGAGAUUCGAGUAACAUAACUUUAUGCGGAGAAAGUGCAGGAGCAGCUUCCGUUGAAUUUCAUAUGAUUUCGCCAAUGUCUGAAGGUUUGUUCAAUCGAGCUAUUAUGAUGUCAGGAUCAGCAUUUUCUCCAUGGGCUUCAGUUCCUGAGGAUUUUGACAAGUACAUGGAUCGUUUAGUGAUGAAAUUGGGCUUAAAUGAAAGUUCAAGUGAAGAAAUGAUUUUUAAGAAAAUUUGUGAAACAAAUCCUGAAGAAUUAUUGAAACUUACCUUGGAUAUUGUUGAUUUUGAGGAUAAAUUUUUUGGUCCGAUACUUUUAUCUCCAUUUCUUCCGAGAGUCGAAAGAUACAAUAAUGGAAACUGUUUUCUUCCUGAAUCAAUUAAAGAUUUAGCUGAAAAUGCUUGGAGUAAAGAUAUAAACUUGAUAAUUGGAGCUGGAAGUAUGGAAGGAGUUUUUUAUUACGUUUGUAAUCCAUCGGAUGAAAAUUUAGCUAAAGUUGAUCAAGAUCCUUCGCUUUUAUUGCCAUUAGAAUUGCAAUUAAAUCUUUCAGAAGAGCUAAAAAGAGAAAAAGGUCGAAUUAUGAAAAAACUUUAUUUUGAAGACAAAUCUAUAACUAAAGAUAUGGAGAAGGAAUAUAAUAUGUACAUGGCUGACAAACUAACCAACUACCCAAUAUUCCAAACAAUUUCUUAUCGCCAACCUCGUUGCGGUAACAAAACGUUCCUUUAUCGCCUAAAUUUACCGCCAUCAACGGAUGUUCCGGCAUACUAUCAAUCUGCUCGUGCUUUGUUCAACAUUCCAAAUAAUCCGGGAACCGCACAUGGCGAAGACAUUCCCUUGCUGUACAAAACGAAAAUUGCCCGACGAUUUCACUCCGGCGACGAUUUAUAUCUCCAAUGGCAAAAAUUCCUCACUGCCUUUGUGAACUUUGUCAAAAUAGGACAACCAAAUAUGGAAAAUUGGCAUCCCAUAACAGACAAAACGCAACAUUUCGAAAUUAAUAUUUCCGAGAAUUGGAAAAUGGAGCCUUUGGUAAAUUUGAGCAAACUUCACGAGUGGUCUAGACUAUACGAGAGAGAUUGAGUCAAUAUUAAACAACUUUGCAGGAAAUGCAAUUUAUACUAAAUAAACAGGAUUUUAUUAUUAUUUGAAUACACAUUAACAGUUUUCAUUA